AUGAAGCGUGUCGUCGGUACGCGCAAUCAAGAGGUAACAGAUGCACAAGGACGUCGACGCUUCCAUGGUGCCUUUACUGGUGGUUUCUCUGCUGGAUAUUACAAUUCUGUAGGCAGUGAAGAAGGAUGGAAACCUCAGACAUUUUUAUCUUCUCGUAACAAUCGAUCGUCGAGAGUUGAGCAGCGUCCUGAGGAUUUUAUGGACGAGGAAGACGAUCCACUACUGGGCAAACGACUGGAGACCUCUGAGCAGUAUGAUACACUGAAAACGGGGUAUAAACGACGACUGCAACAGCAGCAGCAGCAUCAACCAAACCAUUCUGGAGCUACUUCUAUUCCAGGGUUUACACUGCCUGAUGACUGGGUCUUGCCGGUCAAUGACUCUAUUGGAGUCAAACUGUUGAAACAAAUGGGCUGGAAAGAAGGACACGGCAUUGGACAACGUGUACGAAGACACAAGAUAAAUGAAGAAGAGAAGGAUGGGUCUAUGCACGAUGCUGAGGAAGAUAAAGCGCAAUUACAGCUACAAGAUGAUGCUGGAGAGGAGGUGUAUGUACCCCCUCGAAAGGUAUUUGACGUGCAGAAAGUCUUUCCAAAGCCCAAGUUAGAUUGGUAUGGAGCUGGUUUUGAUCCGUAUGCGGACGCGCCUGAGUUUUCAGUGUACAAACAGCAACAGGAAAAGGAGAAAGAAGGGUCUUAUUGCAAAGGAGUGUCGUUUCUGGACGCAUUGAAUUCUUCGAACGGCAGCAAUUGUGUGACAAAUGGCUAUGGUCUAAGUGCACUGGAAGAAAAUGAUGAUGUGGAUGUGUAUGGUACCGUUUCAAUGGCUGAAUUUGAUCGAGCAAUUGCUCCAUUGGGAUCGAAGCAUAAUAUUCAGCGAAUUGGUUCGUCAGUACAAUCGUCUCAUGGGCAGGAGAAGACAAGUCGUAGCAGAGCAUUGUGCUCCGAUGGACGUUCUGCGCUUCCUGGCUUUGAGCUGGCGGUGUCUAAAGAGAAAGCACCAAAGGUCGUUAACAUGCGGCUUGCUGUCCCUCCAAGUUAUACUGCAUGUCACCGCUUCGAUGAGGAUGAAGGUCACGGUGAUGCUGUGACAGCCUUGUAUCGCAAGUUUAACUUCUUGACAGACAAGAGUAGCAACGGGACGUUAGUAACGGUGGCGCAGAGAGGUGCUGUACUCAAAGACAAAAGCACCGAUAAAGUUAGGUUAGGUGCUGGUGAAGUUGCGAGAUCAGCUGGAAGUGUAUUCGACUUGCUUGGCGAAGAUCAGAGAGCAAAACUUUUUGAUGCUGCAAAGCAAGCAAAACAGGGGCUACUUCCAUCGCGCAUAAUACCAACUGGUAUAGCUGAAGAGCCAGCUAUACCGAAAGACCGGCAGCCCUUAGUAUGUGGGAAUGACGGCGACCAGUUUCGAGCUACAAUCUCUGCCUCCAUCGCAAAGAGAUUUGUGUCGUCAAAAUCACCGCUGGACAAUGGUAAAAGCAAUAUUGCUGCAAAUGAUGUCCCGCAUGCAAAUGUGUCACGCCGUUCUCAAGGCAUGUGGAUUCCCAAAUCAUUAUUAUGCAAGCGCUUUCACGUGAAGUGUUUGGGGCCAACUGUAUCCAACGGAAAAGAUGACGAAAACGACAAGAAGCUUGACUUGUUCGAUAAGGAACUAGUUCCACAUUUGAUGGAAUACGCUGCUGACCGAGCUGCCCAGAAACGGUCAGGCGUUAAUCUUAGUGAGACCACCAAGUACAGCGAAGGUGAUAAGGCCGAAGGUGACGAAACUGUAGCUCUGCCAGCAUUGCCUGCAGUUGUGAAGAGCUCUGCCAGUCUACUUCAAUCUAUUUUUGAGCCUUCGGACGAAUCGGAUUUGAGUCGAGACAGCAGCGAAGACGGAAGUGACGAUGACGUUAGCGACAUAGAGAGUAAAGAAAUGCCAAGCUUGAGCAAACAGGAGUUUUCAAGUGGUGGAGAUGCUGGAGAGUUCAUGCAUUACGCUGCUGUGGGAGAUCAAGAAGAGUCGAUUUUAUCAGACGAUGACGCGAGCGUUCUUAUUUCCGAUGCUCCUUCUGGACGUGUCAAUGAACAAGUAGACCGACUAAAGAAGCGGUCUCAUAGUGUUGGUGUUGGUCGAGAUGCGAAAAGGGAAGAAAAGAAAGAAAAGCGAAAACACAAAAAGCAUAAGAAACACCACAAACACCGCUCGUCGCGCGAUAGCAAGGAGAAGCAAAAGGUUGCACGAGAUCGCAAGUCGAACAAACACCGCUCGUCAAGGCACUCCAAGCGAAGUCGUAGUGCAAUACGAAGUCCUAGUCACCGUCGCAGCUCCGUCAGACGGAACGAAUAA